GUGGAUUUCAUCCUCAGAUUUAUGUAUCGAUCGACAUUUGUCCAAACGAUAGUUAAAGUCACGAACCCAAAUUUAUUUAAUUGAAGAGUUAAAUGUGUAGUUAUCUUAAUAGUUGUUGACUUUUGGUCAGUGGAUGAAAUCAUUUUUAUUAAAUUGUAUAUAGUUUAAUAGUCAGGUAGUCGAGAAGCAAGUCGUGCAGAGAGAGGAAUUUACUUACUGGACAGGAAUUUGUUGGUGUGUUUACGGGAACAGGAAAAAUGGGAAUCACAGAUUUGGAAGAGCAGUUCACCUUCUACGCGUCGUACCACCAUUCGACGCUCAACAAGUUGAUCCAUAUCGGCUGCGUGUGGCCAAUUUUGUGGUCAGCCUUCGUCCUGUCGGAAUAUAUACCGCUGCAGGUGCCAUUUAUUCCGGAAAAUCCCCUCCAUCCGCCAAAUAUUACCCUGAUCACGGCCCUCUUUUAUGCCGGGGUUUACAUCAUGAUGGACAAAAAGGCCGGAAGCCUUGGCGCUCUUCUAGUUUUCGUCAGUCUGGUCACCGCGCAUCGCUUUUAUCUCGGCGCGCAGGCGACCUGGGGACACCCCGCUUGGCAGGUCGCGGCCGUUUUGCAUGUUCUCUGCUGGAUUGCGCAGUUUAUCGGUCAUGGCGCAUUCGAAGGGAGGGCUCCAGCCUUACUGGAUAACAUGAUGCAAGCCUUCGUGAUGGCUCCACUUUUUGUUCUGCUCGAAGUUAUGUUCUUUUUCGGGUAUAGGAAAGAUUUCCAGAAAAAAAUGUGGAUUCGCGUCGAAGCUGAAAUCGCCAAGUUAAAAAGGGCAACCACAUCUGGAAGGAACGGGAAAAAAUAGUGGGAAAUAUGUCUACGCUAAAAUCCAUAAAUUAUGAAAUGGUGUACUUAUUUAAGUAUUUAAAUUGUGCCAAAUUGUUCUAAAUUAAUAAUUCAUGAGAAUAAAGAUGAUUACAAAAUUAUCAAAA